AUGGAAGAUGCCGCAGAACGUCAGCAAGCAGUUCGAAUAUUUUGUACGCAACCGCGAAGAUUGCCAGUUCUUGCGGUAUCUGCACGUGUUGCAAAAGAACGAAACGAGAAAUUGGGAUCAACAGUUGGUUAUCAUAUUCGAUUGGAGCAGAAAACAUCAGAACAAACUGUACUAACAUAUUGCACCAGUGGAGUUUUAUUACGACUGCUUACAAAUGAUACUAAUGCUUCCAAUAUUUCACACAUUAUCUUGGAUGAAAUUCAUGAACGAGAGCAAAAGACGGAUUAUCUUCUAAUAGCGCUUCGACAGGCUCUUAAAAAUCGAGAUGAUUUAAGGAUUAUUCUAAUGUCCGCAACGAUGGAAGAAAGUCGCGAAUUAUUUAGACGUUAUUUUGGUCCUGGAAAUGUUUUUUGUUUGGACAUACCAUCCACAUUACACAAGGUAGAAAUGUUUUAUUUACCGGAAAUACUGGCACUGACAGAUUACAAGCAUGCAUCUUCGUUUACUGGUGGUACUUUUUUCGGUAAAACUGCAAGGAGUUUGAACGAUGAUCAAGCUUAUAAUAGUUUUCCUCAAGUGGAUGAAUUUCGUUCUGAAAAUUAUGAUGAUUCAAAAAUGCACCAAGGACGUAAUGUUAAAAAAAAGAGUGGCGAUGAAGUGAAUAGUAAUUAUGAAGUCAUGCCGUCACGACGAAUUGCGUCUGCUACUGCAAGUGAUCAUUUAUCUCCAGUAGUGAUCAAUCAGUUCAAUAAUCGGCAGUUAUGUCCACAAAUCUCUUCAAAUUCACAGCAAGAAAAAGGCUAUUACACAAAUUGCAAUGGACAGAUCAGUUUAACUGAAAUGUAUAGCCAAAUGAAUAUAAGAAAUGGUGAGCAAAGUGGCUGUUACCAAGAACCGACAUUUUAUGAUGGUUACCAAAUGUACCCAUCACCGAGUGGAUUAGCCGGUUUCAAUUAUUCUCAACCACCACCAAACUGUGUAUAUGCUCAACAGAUUCCAGUGACUCCAUAUGGUAUGAUGGCCUCAUAUGUCGGCGGACCGCAAAUGAUGUAUGCAACAUAUCAUGUAAUGCCGGCGCAAAGUGAUUGUCAAAAUUACUACGUUAUGCCUCCAAGUAUACAAGAUUACACGCAACCUCCAAAAUUCUUUAUGCCUGCGAAUAAUACAGACGGAUUUGGGACUCAGUGGAAUUCUAAUGGAUCAAAUUUUUCUAAUCAGGGGUUACCAAUGCCAUUUUCAUUGUCAAGUGGCCACUCAGGACGACGAGAUACGUCUCACUGCGACCAAGAAUACUACGUAUCGUGUUUGCGCGAUCGUCCGCCAUAUUUUGACCCGUCAUAUGUGGAAAUCCUGCGGCGUACUAAUCUGGAUACUAUUUACCUAGUUGAUUCAUAUAUGAUAUCCGGUGGUGAACAAUGGUUGGAAAGUGUUGAUACGGAUUUAACGGUAGCUGUUAUCAAUUACUGCAUGGACAGCCCAGUUCAUGGUUCAAUUCUGGUGUUCCUACCUGGUUAUGAAGAUAUUUUAGCUGUACGUGAGAAAGCUAUUAAAAUGCAAGGCUGUUCCACAAAGCCAGCAAUUUUCACCCUUCACUCUCAAAUGGGUAAUCAAGAUCAGCAGCGUGUGUUUGAGCCAGUGGGUCGUGGUUAUCGUAAAGUGAUUUUGAGUACAAAUAUUGCUGAAGCGAGUUUGACAAUCGAUGAUGUUGUUUUCGUGAUUGACUGUGGGAAAGUCAAGGAGAAAAUUUACGAUCACUCAACACGUAUCAGUCAACUUAAAAUGACAUGGAUAGCAAAGUCUAAUGCUGAACAGCGAGCUGGUAGAGCUGGAAGAUGUCGAAGUGGUUACUGUUUUCGACUAUUCACAAUGGAAGAUUAUGCUAGAAUGAAUCCAACUCAGUUACCUGAAAUGAAAAGAAGCGCUAUUCAUGAAGUAUGUUUGCAUGCGAAAAUGUUUGCUCCACGGAAAUAUUCAGUUCGACAAUUUUUGCUUAACGCACCAGAACCACCAGCAGCAAUAGCCAUAGAUCGAAGCUUUGAAUUCCUUGAGCAAAUUGGUGCAGUUUUCAAAAGUCGACAGGAAUCAUCGCAGAUGUCACAUCUAACAGAUAAUUCAUAUUUCUCAAAUGCUCGUGACCGGAAUGGUGAACCCGAUUUAACUGAUCUUGGACGUCAUAUUGUGCAACUUCCGUUGUGUCCGCAGUUAGCUCGAUUUCUUCUUUUUGGUAUUUGCUUGAAAUGCUUGAGUCCGGUUUUAACACUUGUUGCCACUCUGUCGCAUCGUGAUCCCUUUGUGUUGCCACCGAGUGGUGAGCGAGAAGAACGGAAUUCAGCAAUGAUGGCACGUGAUAUUUUCGCCGGUUUUGAUUAUUCCGAUCAUAUGACAUUUUUAAGAAUAUAUAACGCAUUCAUAAAAUUACCUCCUCAUGGGCAGUCGAAUUUUUGUAUGAGUAAUUAUUUAUCCCUUAAUGCGAUGCGAAUGAUCGUUGGUAUUCGACAGCAACUAUUCAUGGAACUACAAAGACUUCGGCUAUUACCCGCAAACUGUCGGUCAGCAGAUGAUCCCGAUUUAAAUCGAUAUAGUAAUUCAUGGCCAAUGAUUCAGGCAGCAAUUGUGGCGGGUAGUUAUCCUAAUAUUGGUUUUACCCGUUCUGGUGGCCAGAUUCGAAAAAUACGUACAAGUAACGAAGUUGCAUCAUUACCAUAUGGUUGUGCCGUUAAACGACAGGCUUCAUCUAAUGGAAUGAAUGCAGUGGGAGUUGGAAAAUUGGCGAAGCCGGAACCGGUUAUUGAAUACCUUGCCUUUCAGGAAUUGUCGAAAACUGGUGAUAACUUAAGUUUACGAACGGUUACCGCUGUUCCACCGCUAUCUGUAUUGUUGUUUGCUGGUCCAAUUCAUCUUAAACGUGAAGUUCUGAAUGACUACUCUAUAGGUGAUGAAUUUGCAUUAAAUGAUGAUGCAGACACGGAUUCGAACACCGACGAAUGCGUCUUUGCUCUUGAGCCAUGGCUGGUUUUUCGAUGGAAAUUUGAGGAUAUGCAAUUAAUGUUAAAACUGCGUGUCAAGCUGAUGACUUAUUUCAUAUUUAUAAUGAAACAACCCGAUCGCCCGGAAACUGAAGAAACUAAGGAACUGCUAGCAACCAUAAAUCAGAUAUUAUUGGAAGAUCAUAUUCGCGCUGGCUUUGCAGACUGUACUGACUUGCCAGGAUAUCAAGAACGUUCCUCGAAUUCAGCAAAUAAUGAGAUUACAACUGAAAGACCCGUUCGUCGUCGACAACUUCCAGGUCAUGCAGAAGAGCAGUGUCAACAAGAAACUUCUGUUGGUAGUUCUAGUUCUUAUUUUAUGACACCAAAUGAACAACCAAAACAAUCCAGUGGAAUUUCAAACCCAGACAAUCGAGCUGACUUCUGUGGUGGGCCCAGUAUACAGUCUCUGGAAAUUGACGAAAGGAUCGAUAAUAACGGUCAUUCAUCCUACCGUUCUGAAGAAGAGAAUACCAUAGCGAGCACACAUUCAAAUGAACCUAAUGAUGACACUUUUAGUUCACGAUCACUUCCAUUUGAAGAAGAACAAGUUCCCGAAGAUCCAUGUAUGAGUACGUUGGACGAAGUCGGAAUAACAAAUGGAAAGCUAGUAAUGAAUGUGGAAGUGGAACAAAAUAAUACUUCAGCUGGUGACGACUUAUCACAGGAAUCACGAAAUACUGAAGAAUCAAACGAACGGCAGGAAACUACUAAUGAUACAGUUACAGUCGUUCAAAGAUCAGGACAUGGACACUUUGUUCCCUAUCAUUUACGACCGGACGAUCAACGUAUUCGACGAAUGUUCCGGCAGUUUGUGAAUAGGUCGAGACCGCAAUCAAAUCGAUCAGUUGAUAUAGCCAAAGUAGAGGAACAUCAAGAACAGCGCAAUAGUGAAGGAAUUAGAGAACGACGAAGAGAAAAUCGUCGAAGAGACUGGCACUGGAGAAAAAGCCCACCAGCAUGUUGUGUUGCACCAUCAGAUGUUUAUCGAAUGCCACUCGCAUAUUUUAGAGGAGGUGGACGAGGAAGAUCCGAUCGUUACCGUGGUAGUGGACUCCGUGGUCGUAGCAAAGGACCGCAGAAAGACGACCAAACAAGCUGA